UUUGAAAAAGUGCUAGCGAUGAGUCAAUUGCAUAGUAGCAUAUUAAGCAAGAGAAAAUGUGAGGAAAUUGAAAAGGCUGAAAUUCAAUACAAACGAAUUUGUCCUGAACAAAGUGAAGAUCCCGAAACAAUUAACGAUGAUAUAGUCGAUGAUCCUGAAGAUUACUGGUCUUGCGUAAUUGAGAAUUGGAUUGAUAUGGUAGAUGCUGAGAAUCAUGUAGAUAAUGAGGAAAUCAUGGAUAAUGAAAUGCUUGAAUUUGAGUUUGGUGGACGCAUUAUCCAUCCAGCAGAGGAUCCAUCGGCAAA